ACAAAGAACAUAAUGAUGUCCCUUGCAGCAACAUGGAUGCAGCUGGAGACUAUUAUCCUAAGAAAACCAACACAGAAUCAGAAAACCACAUGUUCUUGCUUUUAAGUGGGUUAAACCUUGGGUACACAUGGACCUAAAGAUGGGAACUAUAGACACUGGAGGCUGUGAUAAAAGGAAGGGAGUGGGGCAAGGGUUUGUUUUCGACAUGAAGGCGGAAGUCCAUAAGCUGGAACUGAUGUUCCAGAAAGCUGAGUCUGAUCUGGAUUACAUUCAGUACCGGCUGGAAUAUGAAAUCAAGACUAAUCAUCCUGAUUCUGCUGGCAAGAAAAAUCCAGUUACACUUUUAAAGGAAUUGUCAGCGAUAAAGUCUCCAUAUCAAAGUUUAUGUGCACGCUUUAAACCAGUUGCUGUUGAGCCGAAAGAGUCUAAGAGCCGCAUUUGUGCUGCUGUGAAUAAGACUAUGAAUGUGACACAAAACCUUCAAAAGCAAACAGACCUGGAGCUGUCACCAUUGACUGAAGAAGAGAAAACUGCGCAGAGCAAUUAAAAUCUCACAUGCCAGAUUUAUGAAGAAAUGGACUUGGAAAGGAAACUCUGAAAGAGAAGAGCUCAAUUCCAGAUAAAUUUAGGAAUAUGUCUUAUUAACACUUGAUGCCUAGAGGUUGGGGGCUGGUGAAGAAGGUUUGGCAUCAAUGACUGGAUAAUGAUGCCUUUCAUGAGACAAACUGUAAGAAGGAGGACAGAUAAUAUA